AUGCCCAAGUUGCCGUCAUUGGCAGCUUACCCCCCGGCCGAAUGGCGUCACAAGCUCUCAUCUGCGGAAUGGCAAUCGAUACAAAGUGCCUGGGUAACAUUGUUGCAAGCAUACAUCAACUCUCCGCACUCUGUAUUAGCCAAUGCUCUUUCUGAAGAGGACUCGUCUCUCACUCGCUUUCUCACCACGUUUGCGCAAGAAGCCGCCUCACAGGAUGCAUCCCAUUCGCCUUCACCAGCCCUGUUAAAGGCCGUGAUUCAAGUGAUGGACAAGUGGACGUCUUUGAAAUCAACAACGGCUCUCGACACGUUUGAUCAUCUCGCCAACUUGGCCAAAAUCUAUCCAAAGAAACUCGCCGCGCCAGUGCUUUCCAAAGCGUUUACGUCGUCACAUGCCGCUGCCAUUGAGUCGUCAUUGACAGCGCUAAAGAAGUCACUUAUUGUGAUUUUAGAUGCUGGGAUACGCGGCGACCUCAAGCUCGCAGAGGCACGUCUCGCGAAGCUCAAUCCGCUGCUGCAUGCCUCACCAGAAGCCUGCAUACUGUUCCUCGCCGGUGACGACUUUCUCGACAGUCUCAUUGUGGGCUACAAGGUCAUGAACCCACCUCUGCGGAAGGUCAUUAUCGCAACACUAUACCUGUGCUUGUUCGGGCUCGUCGAGGCGCAACCCGCCAAGUGGUCCAUGCUGAGCGAUGAGCUGUUUGCGCUCAAGUCGGCGGCGGACCAGCACAAGCAAGGACCGAUCAGCGCCAACGACUCGUUAGUGCCGGAGCUGGUCACGUCCACUCCUCUUCUCAAGGUACUGCUGGCCAAGGCCGAGGCUGACGGCGCGGCGACGCCGAAUCUCAAGAAGCGCAUCACGGCCCUGGAGGCGUUCAAGAAGGGUGCCAUGGUGCGGCCAAAGAGGCUGGUGCGGCGCAAGGUGGACAAGGGCAAGGGCAGGCAAACAACUGACGAUGCGGAUACCGAGAUACACAUUCAUCGCAUGAGUCAGAUUACCCAAGUGCAAGACUUGUUUCCCGACCUUGGCGCCGGGUUUGUCGCCAAGUGUCUGGAUGAAUAUAAUGAGGAUGUUGAGCAGGUGGUUGCCAACCUUCUCAGCGAGUCAUUACCACCACAUCUUGCUAUCGCAGAUCGUAGCGAAGGAUUAUCCUCAUCCCAUCAACAACCACAGCCCGACAUGGCACCGCACUCCACACCACCACAAUUACCAACUCGUCGCAACAUCUACGACGACGACGAGCUCGACCGUCUUACCGUUGACACCGCCAAGCUGUCCUUUGGUAAGCGGCCGGAAAAGACGGCCGACCAGCUGCUCAAGGACCGCUCGUCCGCGCCCGGCAAAGCCGCCAUCCUCUCCGCCCUCGCCACCUUUGACUUUGACGACGACGAGCGCGACGACACCUACGACGCCGACGACGUCGGCGGCACCGUUGACGCCUCGACGAACCAGGAGGCCGACGGCGCCAACGACGCCAGCGAGGAGGCGCUGUUCCGGGCGUUCCAGGCGGACCCCCGCGUCUUUAAUCGCGACGGCGCGACGCGCCGGUCCGCCUCACGUAGCAAGCUGCGCGAGGACACGGGCAUGGCCGACGAAGCGGUCGAGGGCUGGGCGCUCAUGCUCACCCGCAACGCCGGCCAGAUGCGCCGCCUCGAGGCCAAGUACGCGUUUCGCGGCCAGCAGCGCGAGCUCGGACGCACAGCGUGGCGCGACUCGGGCGCAGAGGACAGCGAUGCUGGUGCGGCGACAGCGAGCAGAGGCGGAAGAGGAAGAGGCGGCGGCGGACGUGGUAGAGGUGGCCGUGGUGGUGGAAGAGGACGAGGUGGUGGAGAUGUGGCGGGACCAACGGGCGACAAGGCCACGGAAAACGCGCGAAAGGGCAAGGAGGCGAACAAAGGCUCGCGGGCGAACCAUAACCGCAAGGCCGGGCAUGCUAAGAAGAUGGCGCGUGGAGGGUUCCCCGAGUAA